UAUACACUCAAAAGUUAAGAUAACUAGUUGAAGCCCAUGACUAAGCACCCUUUAUCAGUCUAUCAAUUUAGUUCUAAUCAAUCAACCAAUAUUUCCGCUCCAAAUCAACCCAAAGACCAAAAGAAAAAGAGAGAGAAGGGAAAACCCCAGCAAGAAUGGCCUCAACCCUCCCCCGCCUCGCAACCCGAUCGAUCUACAUAACAACAACUCCAAACCCGCGCUCCCUCACCGAAAGCAAACAAAUCCUCUCAGCACUCCAGAAAUUCGGCGAAGUAGUCACCUUUCGCAACCUCAAGUACGACACAACAAACACAUCCCAAACCUCACGCUCUAUCCUCGCAAUCUUCGAGUCCCCAUCCUCCGCAUCGCAAGCCAUCGCCUCCUCCCCCCUCACAAUCCCCCUCUCCCAACCUCAAUCGCAGUCCCAAUUACACCCUCCCUCGGAACCAGGAAGGCCCUCUCCGGACCCCUGGGCCUCGGCCGAAACAGCCCUCAACUCCGCCCGGACACAUCUCACCUGUACGAUUCAGCCGUCGCGACAUAACCAUGAGUCUGCGCUUAGGCGCAACCCAUUCCAUACGACGUUUCGGGUCUCCGGGACGGAUUAUCAGGCGAAAGAUUUGGUGAGGACGGGGAUACCGUUGAAGGAGUUGGCGGAUGAGCCGAUGGCGAGGAAGCAGCAUGUGCCGCUGAGGGUAAAGAGGAAGGUGCAGGGGGAGAAUGAGAGGUUGGGGGCUACGAGUUUGAUGGGGCUUUAUGAGAGUGGACUGAGGGAGGAUCGGGAUGGGGAGAUGGGGGGUAAAGAGGGGGAGAGGGAGGUGGAUUGAAGUGGAGGAAGUUGUUAGUUGAGUAAGACUGGGUGGGUUGUGCUGUGCGCUGAAGCCUCUUGUGGCGGCGGUUAGCUUUGUGCGCUGCAAUGCAAUAUAUGCAUGCGUGUGCGCGUUUGGGAUACUCAAACGGGUUUUGGAGGCUGUUAGGGAGCGUGGGUACCUCUGCCUUAGCUUUUUUGGGGGCCGAUGGUGAGGUUUAUUUGGUCUUGCCCGCAAGACCAUUGACUUUGUGAUACCUAGUUAGUGCUGGUGGGUGAUCUGUAGAUCGUUUUCGGGCUUUCGAGCUGGCCUCGAAAUCCACCCGGUGACCGGUGAAGGGUUAUCACGUCCCAUGAUAAUAGCCUCCUGUGAAAAGGGAGGCAUGAGAUCGUGAUACACAGAGACAGUACGGUGUUUCUCUUAAUCUACAAUUGACAGA